AUGCGGGACCGUUCUCAUGGUGCCGCCGCCUCAUCACUCAAGCGGCAUGCUUCUCCUCCUGAAGCCACCGAAGAAAGAAAGAGAAGAAAGACGAAAAAAGACGAUAUGGAUAGUUGUGCUAAUGAUGACGCAAAUGAUCAGUCUCUCCAUACAAUCGAUGGCGACCGCUUGGCCGAAGAUCUCGCACAGGAGCUGCAAUGUGGAUGCUGCUCUGGACUCGUAUACAAGCCUGUUGUCGUGGUACCAUGUGACCAUUUCUUCUGCGGAAGUUGCUGCACGCUCUGGGUGAAGAACGGCGGAACAAACUGUCCUGCUUGCCGUAGCGUCUCUACUGUAGUUAUGCCAUCACGAGCGCUUCAAUCUAUGGUAGAUGUCCUUCUCCGAGCUGCGCCGCACUGUCAAAGAAGUGAGCGAGAACGCAUGCAGGCUGACGAAAUUUAUCCAGUCUGUCGUUCUUUCAGAAUCCCGGCGCCGAGAGAACCCUCCCCAGAUCCAGUCAUCCCAACCAACACAGAUUUCUUGCAGCCCUGCCCUCAUUGCUCACCAAAUAAUCCCUACCGCUGGGCAUGCCCAAGGCCCGUUGCAGACCCGGUUAAUGACCCUGAUAAUGCAUGGCGUUCGGAUUCCGGGACUCCUCCAGGCCAUGGUUUCUGUGGCAAUUGUGAGGUGCUCUUGGCCUUAAGGGCACCAUCGACGACUCGUUGCGACUUCUGUCAGGUCUCCUUCUGCGGCAUCAGUGUCCAAGGACGCUGUGUCGCUCUCGACAUACCGGCACAGAGCCCACACGGCAUGGCCGACGUCCUUGAUCUCAUUCAGAGCCCCGAGAUUUACGAUUGUUUUGAAGGGAAUACCGUUGAAGUUGAACUCAUGCUAGACUAUAUGACAACGCAACGCCUCACUCCAAAGCAAGUAUAUCGACAGAUUGCUGCGCAUAUCCAGUCUCAGCCGGAAGGCUUCCGCCCCCUCAUCGAGCAAGAUUUGUUCAUGGACAUGCAUGCAGUUCCGCCCGCAGCUGAGUCUGAGGCAAAUGCCCCACGUCGACUCAUCUGUCGCCUCUGUGCAGCGGAGGUAUUCCUAUAUGGUUUGCGCGACUGGUGGGUUCGCGAACGCCAUAAUGCUGUUCGUGAUGGCAUCCUGGAGGCAAGGAAAGACUGCCCUGAAGGAGGAUCGUGCACCCGUAUAGAGGAUCCUGGUUAG